GUGAGAGACAAACACUGACUUUAAGAAUUUUAAUGAAAUAAAAAAAUGAAUAGGUUCUGGAUUUUAAUUCUGAUCUUCUGUGCCAUGUAUGCAGUAAAACCUGGUGGACUCUGGGUUUCUGCACAAUCUCUCACAGAGCCACCAGUUUAUCAGCCUGAUAAAGAGCUCAGUGUGGAUAUCGGAGACUCGGCGACUCUGCGCUGUUGUGUUUCUGAAAAUACAGUUGGCAUGAUGGCCUUGUUUAAGCAACCACACAGAGCACAACCACAGAUAAUACUCAAAGUCUUCAGAAAUGCUGGACGAACAUUUUCCAUUGAAUUUCAGAAUGGAAGUUUCCAGACAAGAACAGAUUUAAACUGCUUCAAUGUGACCAUUUCGAACAUAACUCAGUCUGAUGAAGCCAUGUACUACUGUGCACUGAUAUCUCCUGACUUAGUUUUUGCUGAUGGGACGUUUUUAAAGAUUAAAGUGCUCAGUCUGGGAACGGCUUUGGGUUUGUGUGCACUUUUCUGUCUGGUUUUCUGUGUCACAUAUUUCACACUGAAGAGAAUGUGUGAUAAAGUAGAAACUUCUGUAGAAGAUUGUCUAAGAUCAAAGCAGCUCUCUCGUCCCACCAGCUCAACUUAUGGGUCUCCGCAGUUGUUCAAGAAAAAAACCCAACCUGGUGGAAGUGAUUACUGGGUGCACACGGAUGUGAUGUAUGCUGAACUGUAAUA